GGCGUGCCUUCUCACACACCGGAGAGCAGAGUGUGGGGAAAGAGAAGCUGUCAGCAGAGGCACGUAUGGCAAGGAGGGCUCCCUGACAUUCUACACAAGAUCAAGAAUUUUUGCCGCUGCUACGCUUUCCCCCCCAAGUUUCAAAGGAGAGAAAGGUGACAUCCCACCUCACUGCCACUGCAAUCAUGCUUCACUCUCCUUCUCCACUGAAAACAGCACUGGCUUAUGAGUGUUUCCAAGAUCAGGCCAAUUCAACUCUAGCUUUGCCCUCGGAUCACAAGCUGAAAACUAGGGGUACAGGAAAACAGAGGGUCCAGGAGCAGGUGAUGAUGACAGUGAAACGGCAGAAGCAAAAGUCCUCCCUGUCGUCAAACACAGGCCAGUCCAAUCAAGGUUCUAUGUAUGAUGGUCUGUCUGAUGGUUAUAACUAUGGAACAGCCCGUGGUAGCUACUAUGCUAAAGCUCACACAGGAAACAACAGCUGGGGCCAUGGGCUGUACAAUGGAACAAUAAAAAGAGACAUGGAAAAUAAACGCUACAGCUCCUACAGCCAAAUGGAAGGCUGGGGUGGCAGGAACUACAACAAGAUCUGCAGCCCUACCAGUCCUGGCAGUGAUUACUGUUUUGUGAACAUGAAGAGCAGUCGAAGUGAGCCAGAUCUCUACUGGGACCCUCCACGAAGCACACUAAGGAGAAACCAAAGUGGAAGCCGGGUGGGGCACAAGGCCACUCUGAAUCGUCACAGCAUCUAUAGCAGCUGCAACAAUCAAGGCACUGUAACCACAACUAGGACAAGCAAAAGAAUCCCAGUGCGGAGUCCCUCCUGUACCUCUGCUAACAAGCAAGAUGUGGUCUAUGCCCAGCCUGUAGCAAGCAGCAAGCAUGAUGCAAUCUACGCACACUCCAACUCCAAAAUUUGCAAUGAUGAGGUGGAUUAUGGAGCAAUGACCAUACAGAAAGCCAUACAACUCCUGUGUUCCUCAGAUGAGAAGUACCAGGCCAUGGGUGGUUACUACCUCCAGCAUACCUGCUUUCAAGAUGAAUCUGCCAAGCAAGAGGUCUAUCGACUUAGUGGCAUUGCCAAACUUGUUGAACUCCUCCGCAGCCCAGAUGAAAAUGUGCAGCAAGCUGCAGCAGGGGCCCUUCGAAACUUAGUCUUCAGAAAUCCAACUAACAAGUUAGAAACCCGGCGACAGAAUGGAAUCCGAGAGUGUGUAAGCCUCCUGAGAAGAACUGGAAACACAGAAAUACAGAAACAAUUGACAGGAUUGCUCUGGAAUUUGUCCUCCACUGAUGAGCUGAAAGAAGACUUGAUACAUGAAGCUCUUCCUGUUUUGACUGAUUGUGUUAUUAUCCCUUUUUCUGGAUGGACUGAUGGCAUUAGUAACAGAUCAAGAGAAAUUGUUGAUCCAGAAGUAUUCUUCAAUGCCACUGGCUGUUUGAGGAACCUGAGUUCUGCAGAUGCAGGACGCCAAACUAUGAGAAACUAUCCUGGUCUGAUUGACUCAGUAAUGGCUUAUUCCCAGAACUGUGUGGCAGCCAACCGGCCAGAUGACAAGUCUGUAGAGAACUGCAUCUGUAUCCUACACAAUCUGUCCUACCGCCUGGAUUCUGAGGUGCCUAAUAAAUACACACAGCUUAAUCAUAUGGCCAGGAACACUCACACUGACAAAACCCUGACUGGCUGCUUCAACAACAGAGGGGGAAGAAUGGAGUAUGAUGAGUAUGAUCUGCCCCUUCCUGAGGAGGAUUAUAAACCCAGGGGAUCAAGUUGGCUCUACCAUUCAGAUGCCAUCCGGACAUAUCUCUCUCUGAUGGACCAAAGCAAGAAAGAUGCUACCCUGGAAGCUUGUGCUGGAGCCCUGCAAAAUUUAACUGCAAGCAGAGGACUGAUGUCAAAUGCAAUGAGCCAGCUGAUUGCUAUGAAGGAGAAGGGUUUGCCGCGUAUAGCACGGCUUCUGCAGUCCACAAAUGCAGAGGUUGUCCGAUCUGGAACAUCCUUGCUGAGUAAUAUGUCUCGACACCCCAUUCUCCACAAGACUAUGGCUCACCAGGUACUCCCAGAUGUGACUCGUCUCUUGGCUCUCCAGGCUCCAGGUUCCAGCAACUAUGGAGACAUUAUGUCAUCUGCUUGCUACACCCUGAGGAACUUGAUUAUGUCCAAUCCACAGAUGGCCAAGCCUUACUUGACAGGCAGUCUGAUAAAUAACGUAGUAGGCCUGUGCCGAAAUGGUUCCUACCCAAAAGCAGCUGAAGCUGCUCGUCUUCUAUUGGCUGACCUGUGGUCAAACAGGGAGCUCCAGUCUAUGCUAAAACAGCAAGGAUAUGAUAAGAAUAUGAUGGGAUCCUUAAUAGGAAGCACUUUCAGGAACCUGUCUUCUAGAUUCUAAGAAGAUAUCUGCAUAACAUUUGUGGACUGCAGAGUUUGUAACUGGUUCCUGUCUGGGAGACUUCAACCCUCAAGGAAUUAGUUAAGUCAUUAAAGAUGUACACAGAGAGGUCAACUCAGUUGUAAAACUGGAUAUGAAAAGCAUAUUGCCUGAUUAUA